AAUAAUAAUAAUAAUAAUAAUAAUAAUAAUUCCAUUGCGCGAGCAUAGCAGGCCUGUUGGGGGGUGGGGUGAACAGCUGAGCCGCCUUGCUGGAGAACCUCGCAAAAUACUGCGAUCACUGCAAGGGUUGCUAUUUACAUACCUCCCGAUUCCACACUUGCUCUCUUUGCGCUUCUUCCCCUGCUCGCUCUUUGCAGCCAGCUGACUGCAAACAUCGCCAGCCGGAGGAGGAGGAGGAGGAGGCGUGGCGAAGAUCUGGCCUGCCAGCCAAUCCGGGCCGCUCGUUCUCCCUCGACGUCACCUUCCCUCGAACCUGCAGCAGCAACAAUAACAAUAACAGACGAGAUCUCUCCCUGGGGUCGAUCAGCUGGGCGUGCGCGGCUGGCUCCCGAAACAGGCAGCAGCUGCUACUGUCAGCGGCGUCAGCGGGAAGAGAGCAGCCGAGAGAGAGACUCCAAAAUAGACGCGCUUCUUUCCCAGGAGCCAUGUCGUCGAGCGAGGGGCUGGGGGUGCAAGAGGAGAACUUGCAGGGUAAGGGAUCGGCCUUCUUGUCAUGAAAUCAGUAUGGUCCUUAAGGUCCCUCUUUACCAUUGGGCCUCUACUGGGAGAAGUCUUGCUGGGGUGGGGGGUGGGAGGCAGGGAGAUAGGCUCUUCUUCUUGGCUGAUCAGAGGCAGAGAUAUUGGGCAUUCCUGAUCGCCUGGUUUCUGAACCCCAGAGAUUUCUCCAAGUCACUCUUUCUUUGUUUUCCUUUUCUCCCCUUCCCCCUAACGGUGGUUGCGAUUCUGAAAUUCGUGGGGAAAUGGCACUGGUAGGAGAAGCAGACGGAUAGGAUGGCGAAAUGCCAGGGUGAAAGCUUGCCCCCGUUUCCUGGCCAAGGCCCUCUCGGUUUGGUGGGGCUGUCGAUAACUUGACUUCUCUCUAAGAUUUGGAAAUGUGCUGCUGCUGCUGCUGCUGCUCCUUCGCCUCGCACCGACCGUGUAAUGCUCCUGGCCAGCUGAAGUGCCAACCAGGAGGGCAAGUAUUGUUCAGACACAGGGCUGUGUAGCUCAAGGCCUUCGAAGUACAGAACGGGCAGAUCCAGGGCACUUUUUUUUUAUUGUUGCGAGAGUCAUCCCUGCUCUCUCCCAUCCGUUCUCAUGACACCUUUGCCUGCAUGACUCAUAGGCCCUUUACUCAGAACUUUGUGCAACGUUUGUGGCUGUAAAUAAUUGGCCUUCGGAAAUUAUUGACAUACGGUGCUUGUUCAAGGAGCUGCAGUCCUGGGUUUUAUUACCAACAUACAAUGAGAAACCUGAAGGUAGAUUGUAACAUGAAAGGGAAUUUCCCUGUUGACUUCAGUGGGAUGUAGAUCGUACCAGUAAUUGGAUCAUUAAGUAAUAAUAACAGUACCAGGGUGUAUUGCUAAAUAUGAAGUCUGUUGCAAAGCGGAUGUGCUGGUAUUGAUUUAUAUUAUUCUUAUUGUUGCACUGUUUAGGGAAGCUUUUAAUAUUUGAUGAAUUAUUGUAUUUUAAUCUUUUGUUGGAAGCCGCCCAGAGUGACUGGGGAAACCCAGCCAGAUGGGUGGGGUAUAAAUAAUAAAUUUAUUAUUAUCAUUAUUAUAUAGUCAACUUUCUACCAAGCCUGAAAUGAUUUUCGCUACACAUCACCUGAUUCUUGCGAAGCAUGUGAUUUCAUGUAUGUGCAAUUAACAUGCGGAGUUAAAUGUGCUGUGGACUGUGCUAUACAAAAUGUUUAUGAGCUCCCUAGAUGUAGCGCUGCAAAAAUAAUUAUGUAGGAAGCAAAAAUCUUCCAGUCUGUACCGUUGUGAUCUUAAUACAUUCAUUUAGGUCUGCCCCACCUACACUGUAGUGACUAGAGCUGAUGCAUAUGCCCCAUGCUCCUUAAAAAAAAAAAAAAAAAAGCUUAAGGGAAGUGAAAUCAAACUAGCAGCUGUAAAUAUAACACUUGCACAGUAUGUGAAACAUCCUAUUGCACCAUCAGCCAUACUUUUAGAUUUCUUUUUAAAUUUUAUUUGCUUGCCUGGUAUUUUGAAUGUGUAGGGUACACUGGCAGAAUUCUUGCUGGGUUGUAGUUGUAUUUUUCUGAAAUACAAAACAAGGAGAAAAUAAGUUGUAGUUUGUAGUCUUUUCUAAACUCUACUUCAGCUUAUUUCCCACGAUCUGUGGAAGAACUUCUCCUGCAAGUUCCAGAUUUUCAGAAGCCUGCUCUAUAGUUACUCAUAGGAGACUUUUAGUGUGGCUGCCCUCUUCUGUGAAAUAGCAUUCCUGUUGCUCCAUGGCAGGCACCAACUAUCUGCACUUUCCAAGCUAAAGAAAUGAGUCUUUGCUUUCUCUGUUUUGUAUGGUGUCAGUUUUGUUUUAAAUGUGUUUACUGUUUGUUUGUUUGUUUGUUUGUUUGUUUGUGUGUGUUUAAUUUCUUUAAAUUGUUUUUAUUGUACAUCACCUUGGGGCUGUUGCGUAGAAGGCAAUUAAUACAUUAAUGACAACGAUAUCAAAUCUGACUGCCACCUUGUGCUUCUGUUAGCUGGCUUCUCUUCCCCUCUUUCUGCGGCAGAAAUUCAACUGGUGCAGCUCCCCUCACAGAAUGGGAUUCUGUUGCUUGGGAAAGCUUCAAGACCUAGCAGGCAGAAGCACAGGCUGGCAGCUGUCUGUUUAUGCCAUGUGACUGAAAACUGUUGGUGCCUUUUAUAACUUUUGUUUUGAAAGAGGGUAUUUCACAAUUCCCAGGGACUGUUUAUUUUUCAAAGUGACCCAGAAGGACUUGUUUGCUCAGGAGAUAUUAUGUAGUAGGUGGUAUAAUAUAUAAUCUGUAGGCUAUUUAUAGCUUCAAUCUGGCAACAGGGAUGCCUGCGGUUGUUUGACAUGUUGCUUGUGCUGGUCCCCCCCUCCCCUUUUUUUUACUUCCUUCCUUCUCCUGCUACUAAGCAUCCUGGGGAUUUUAGUCCCCAGAAGCAGGCCACAGACAAGGACAAUGAACUGAUUUGUAAGAUGCUGCACCUAAAAUCGAUUCUUUUGAUUUUGCAUAAUAAAAGACUUACUGAAUCUGAACGGAAAGAUUCAAAAUGCUGUAUAAUCAGUCUCAGCCCCCAUAUCCACAUUUAAUUUUAAAAACCAGCAUUUAUGGUAGGGAUUGGAGACAUGCAGUAUUCGGAUGCUGUUUCUUCCACAGGGAAAAAGUGGCAAUUUCUCACAUACUGUUCUUAAGCUAUGGACACCCGUAUUUCAUUUGUGGUGCAAAGAAGUAGUUUUGCUCAAUAAAGAACCACAAAUACUUGUCUUGAACAGGCUGCUUUCCAUCUAGAUUGUUUCUGCAUCCUGCCCUCCACAAGAGUGGGUGUGUGUUAUGUACUGAGUUGAAUAGGAUCCAAAAUGCAGCAGUCUGAUUGGUCCUAGAACAAUAGGAUUCAGAAUGCAGCAGUCUGAGUGGUCCUAGAACAAUGCAGCACUAUGAUUGGUUGGCAGGAACCACCCAAUCAUGCUCCAGAUAGAAGUGAAUCCACAACCUGAUUGGCUUACAGUAGAAUUCCGGAAUUAGCCAAUCAUGUGCAGCCCAUUGUGUAAAUAAUGUAUAUAAAGCAGAUACUUUGAGGGGACUUUUAUUCAUUCCUCCUCACCACUAUGAGCUGAAUAAAGAGCAUGAAAUCACUUUGCGACUCUGAGUAUAUUUCAGUGUGGUUACGUCCUAUAGACUUGAAAACCCUCCCCUUGGUUAGAUUAGCUAUGCCUUUUCUGCCCUGCAUAUGCCUCAGGUGAAGAAGGAAGUGGCGAUUGUGGUCUUCGUAUAUGCUGGCCCACAACGUCCUUGGGCAGCUGCCUUCAUCCAUUUUCAAAUGGACGCUCUGGUGGGUAAUGCAGAAUCAAUUCAGCUUUUAUUUUUGGAAUGAGGUCAGUUUGUGGGAAAGUGCUUUUCAGGGGCAUGAAAUAUGUAAUAGGUCCAUAUUGUGUGCCAGCUAGGUAGAGGGAACCCCCUCCCCCAAUAUCCUGGUGUGCAUUGAAUGUAGAAUAUAAUGUUGUGUGCAUGGAGCCUUAUAUCUGUCAAUAUCUAGCUGAAUUAAAAUUGUUCUUUUCCCGGCACUGUGGCUGAUGGAAAGACAACCCAUUAAUGUAUAAAGCAGCCCAGGACUUGCAAUGCUUAAAAAGGAAAAAGAAAAACAGAGUUUGUUUGUUAAUCCAGAUUCCAAGCCAAGUAUCACUACCAUGUUUGGAAUACUGAAUGCAUUUUCUGCUACUAAGCAUCCUAUUCACACUUUGUGCCUGAGGUGGAUCAUUUCCCCCCUUGGAGGUCCUCUUCUACCCCUCUGGUAAACAAAGUAAAUCAAGAUAGGUCAGCGUAUUUGAUAGCCCAUUUCUGACUGGUUCAUCUGACGUCCCUAAUCUUCACAUGCUUUUUUUGCAGAUUUCAUACACAGGUAGGGUCUUCUGCUGUGGGAACUAGGUGAUCUAUGAAAGGACCAUCAAGUGUGGUGCUGGUGUUGAGACAGCAUAGGGUGAAGACCUAACUCCUGUGCUCUGAUGGUGACUGAAAAGGCUUCACCAUUGCAGGAUCCUAUUAGAGCAGAGAUUUAUUAUUAACAGGCAGUACGCUGCUCAUUUCCUGGAAUGCAAGAAGGAGGCCAUUAAGCCAGGCUUGGAACAGAAUGCCAGCAAAUGAAACUGCUUGAAGGCUUCCUAAUAUGCAAUUGUGUGGCUUUUGUUUUGUUUCUGAACAUAUGCCCAGCAGGUUCCUGGGUGGAGCUGCACUUUUCCAGCAACGGGAAUGGUAACGGUGCCCAGCCAACAAGCCAGGAGCAAGGCCCAGCCUCGAUUUCUAUUCACAAUGGCGACAUGGAGAAAAUCCUUUUAGAUGCCCAGCAUGAGUCUGGAAGAAGCAGCUCACGAGAGAGCUCCCAUUGUGACAGGUACAACAAAAGAGAGAGCACUUGCUCUUUUCAAAGGAUGCACUCUCCUAUUUAUUUGCAUGUAGUCUUAAGAGGCUGGCAGAUCUGUGAGAUGAUGUAAGUGGCCCUGAUCCAAUCAGGGUCUCUGGCUAAGAGCUGAGGCCACUCCCAUACCUUCCAAGUGUCCCCAUUUUCCAGGGAUAGUCUCGGAAUUAUGAAAGCUGUCCCAGCUUCUGAUUUGGUCCUAGAAUGUCUCUAUUUACGGACUUGUAUAAGAGUAAAAGACAAUUGGGAAAUGAUCCAUAAUGAAUUGGGGGAAAAAAAUGUUUAAAAGUACUUUCCUAAAAACCCCAGUGUCCUUUCUGUUGCGGAUAAUUCAGACUGAAAUUCCCAGGUGUCAAAAAUGGUUAUUUAUGUAUGUGGCCUGUGUUUUGUUAGCCCCAAAAUGAAAAAAAAAAGUGAUUUGGGUACUGUUGAUGUAGUGAUGGUGGCACUUGCCCAUUGUCUGAUAGGAAAUGCUUUGCGGGGGUGGGGACGCACAAAAUGGAGGCUCAAGGAGGGUCAGUUGGCGGGGAGUGAGAAAUGAGGAAUGUUGGAGGGUAUGCACUCCCAGAACUUCAGCAUUCUUCUUCUGUGCUUAUCUUGAGAGUAUUUAUUUCCUCCAUUUUAAUCUUCCAAGUAGCUCAGAAGGCAUGGUUCUUCACAAAGGCACACCCACCCGCAUGUUUUGUCCUCACAACAACCCUGUGAAGUUGGUUAGGCUGAGAGAUGGUGGCUGGCUUAGUGGCGGAGUUGUGGCAUCUGAAUCUGAACUGCUUUGGUCCUGCAGUGAAAGCAACGAAAUCUAGAAACCUUGUUCUAUGUGGGUUAAUGCCCUGUAACUUCUCUUUACCAAGUCCUCCUCGAUCCCAGACGCCUCAGGACAUUCACAGAGCUUCUGAAGUCGAAAGCCGUGGCAGCGGAGAAAAGAAUAGCUCUCAGGUAAAGCCGAGCCUUUUCUGAAGAUUGCCAGAUGGCCGAGAGCCUUUUUCAAGCCAUCGAAUGGUCUGGUACGGGGAUGGGGAACCUGCAGAAAUGACCAAAGAAGUUGAAUAGGUGUCCCCCCCCCCCGCCCCACUUUAGAAAUAGCAUCCAAACCAAUUGAUUAUAUCUCUCCUUCUUUUAGUCUGAGGAAGAUUUUCAGGAAAGAAGGAAAGAAGUUGAACAGCUUUUGAAGAAAAAUUCUGACUGGAUGUGGGACUGGUCCAGCAGGCCUGAAAACAUUCCACCCAAGUAAGUGUGACAGAAGCUGCCUUGAUUCCCGCUGAUAUGUACAGAAUAUGGUGACAGACAUUUACAGAUUGGAUUCUUUCUUUUCUCGUCACAAAUUAGGGAAUUUCUGUUUAAACACCCCAAGCGUACUGCUACCCUCAGCAUGAGAAACACGAGUGUGAUGAAGAAAGGGGGCAUCUUCUCUGCGGAAUUUUUGAAGGUUUUUCUGCCAUCUCUGUUGCUUUCCCAUCUGCUUGCCAUUGGAUUAGGGUAAGGAGUCCUUCAGUCAAUUAAAUGUGGGGAUUGUAGGGGACCAGAAGUCUAGUGUGCUUCUCCCAGAAACAUAACCAACUUAUGUGUUGACUAAUUUACACGAAGAGAGAGUAACACAGAAAUACAGUGCUCAUUUUUUUUAAGGCAAAGAGAUGGUUUUAUAGUUGAAAAACUAGGCUCACUAUGCUUUGCCACACUUCCAAAUGUUUUGAUCCAUGGCAGGGAUGGGGAACCUGAUUUUGCUGGACUACAAAUCCCAUCACUGACCAUGCUGGAUGGGUCUUUUGAAGUCCAGCAUCUGGAAGACCGGCUCCCCAUUCCUGAUCUACAAGAUAACUUGCAGUGAAAACUCCAUCAAAAUGUAAUUUACCCAUCACAAUCAAAUAUGGUUACAUGGACAGAAUCUGCAUUCAGGGAAUCAUUCAAUAAGCCUUUGGGGUGAUAUUUGAGGUUUAUGGUAGACACUGGUAUUAUAAAACAAAAUGGGGUAAAAUCUCUUCCUUUUUUUAAAGUGAUGACAGCAAAAAGAAGACAGAUCUGUGCUAUAUAGAUAUAGGGUGAUGAUCAGUCUUCAGAUAUUAGAAUGUGCAGAAAUGUAAUUGCUGCUGAGUGAAUGGCAGCAAUGGAAUGGCAUUUCCUUCAUCCCAGAUUGCUGGCAGCCAUGACAUUUUAUCACAGCUAUAAAACACGAAAUCUGACUUUGUAGUAGCUUUGCCUUUGAUCCUUGAAGUGGACCAGAUUUUACCCCCACCCCCAAGUUUGUUUUUUCAGUGCCUCGGUAUUUCGCAUUUUGUCAUCUAAUGCGAGUGGCGUAGAGAUGUGUGCAAGGUAUUGAGUGAUGUCCAGUGCUGUGCAUCUGGAGUUCCACUCAUGCAUCAAAACUUCCCCAUUUUCUCCCUGCACUCUGCCAAACCCCCCCGGGGCAGAUUUUGAGGGUGGCAGGUGGAAGGGAGGCCAACAAGAGGAGGAAGUUCUGUUCUAUAAGCAGAAAUCUGCUAUACACAGCAGCAGAUAUAUAAGCAGAAAUCUGCUAUACACAGUAGGCACAGCAGCACUGGAUGCUAAUCCAUUGGAAACAGACAUCCAAUGGAGGCUAUUUCAGCCGUGCAAGUAAGCUCACAACUAUUACUUGCUCGCAUGGACGUGACCCAGAUGGAGCCAAUUUUUCCAAGCUUACAAAAGGCUUCCUUGAAACUGCCUAGAAAAUGAUAAGGCUCCCACCAUCAGGAAGUGUGUGAGGAAAAUGUGCUUCCAGCCCCUUAUCCCACAGGGUUCAGCAGGCCCCUCUAACCCUCCAGGUGUGUUAGGAUGGGAAGCUUUCCUUUCUUCGGUUAACCCAGGGGUUGUCAGCCUGGUCCCUAUUGCCCACUAGUGGGUGUUUCAGGAUUCUGGGUGGGCGGUAGGGGGUUCUAUGGCACAAGCGGAAUCCUCCUUCCAUCGAGCACUGGUGGGCGAUAAGAAAAUUUUACCAUCAAGAAAGAUGCAUUAGUGGGUGGUAGUUAUAAAAAGGUUGACUACCCCUGGCUUAAUUCUUCCUCCGUGUAGGUAACCAGCUGCUUAGAAAGCUGGAUCAUUUGUGGUAUCAGGUAUAUUUACCUACCAGAUUCCCACUAAUUUUAUAGCAUAGUGAGUAGUCAAAGUAAGAGGAAAAGGGGGUUCACUACCAUCUGAUUCCCUUUCAAAAUUAAGCAGAGCAGUUACUGGCUGUCUUUUUGUUGAUCUCAGGAUUUAUAUCGGAAGACGGUUGACAACUACAGCUUACAGCAGCAGUUCGUUGUAAGAUGGGAACAAAUCUUCAUCUCCUACAAAAACCAUGACUACAUUCAUCCAGACAUGCAAAAUGGUGAACGAAAAGGAACUCCUGUGCGUGCAGAAGUGACACAGCUAUGUAUGUUUUGGUCCCUAAAUGUUGUGUGCUCUUGGGGCUUUUUCUAAUUGUAGAGGGAAAGAUUGAAAACCAACACCAAACGACUCCUUUGUAAACUAACCUCUUGUUGCUCAAGUCAUCAAAGCAAAUUUUUGACAGAAGGUCUUUAAAUGAACUGUGUGUUUGUGAACAAGAUGUCUAUAUUGAAAAUUAUGUAGCAAGGGAUUAAACGGUUCGUCUUGUUUCACUUUUGUAAAAAAGAAAUUGGUUUGGGUUGUUGUUGGUACAACUUGAUUGAAUAGCAAGAAUAUUUGGUCAAGAGUAUUAUGGCCUUACAUUUCUAAAGGCUGGAGUCUGUGAAGCAGUUUAGUGAUUUUCUUUAAGAUACCUCUCUAAAUCCUAAAUACAGGUUUGUGUGUUUUAGUAUGGGAUCUUUCCAUUAUGUUUUAAAAAGGAAAAUGUAUAUGCAACAGAAGUAAAAGUAGUGAGGUAAAUAAGCCUGCAACACAGAGUUUAUACAGUGGUACCUCUGGUUACGUACUUAAUUCGUUCCGAAGGGUCCGUUCUUAACCUGAAACUUCUUAACCUGAAGCACCACUUUAGCUAAUGGGGCCUCCCGCUGCCGGAGCACGAUUUCUGUUCUCAUCCUGAAGCAAUGUUCUUAACCUGAGGUACUAUUUCUGAGUUAGCAGAGUCUGUAACCUGAAGCAUAUGUAACCUGAGGUACCACUGUAUAUCCAGUGAUUACCCUUGCUGAGGUAAACUCAGCCAGUCACAGUUUAAGAAUGGCAGACCCGCUGAGCCCAAAGCCUUGUUUUCCCUCAUGUCUGAUACUCAGAGGUAUCUGGUCUUAACAAUUUUCUUGAGAAUUACCCAUUAAUGAACUUUUUACAGGCACAUGUGCCUUAGUGCAAGCUUAUCACUAGGCUUCAGUGCAGGUUUUAGCAAUUGGCCCAUUUGAAAUCAAGUUUUACACAAGGAUGAACAUGUGCUAAACAUUUGCAACUUACACUUCUUUUGCCCAUCUUGAAUCUUUGCAAGUUUAACAAUGGUUUUAAAUACAAAACUCCACUCGUUUGUGAUUUUACCAGUUAAAUAAGUUUUGAAUAUCAUCACAGCCUUACUGAAAAGCAGCAAGGAAUGUUGUUUUUGCAGAAACUUCUUAUGAGUUAAAUAGAUGCUUGUGUAUGGUACUACAAUAUUUACAACGAUCAAUCAAGGCAUUUUGGUAGUCAAGCACUUCCAAAGACAAGUAUAUUUUCCAAUACUCUAUUGAUAUAGCCUAGAAUAGCAUUAGCCUAUUUCUUGUUGCAUCACUGUUAAGCUUAGGGUUUACUAAUAUCCCUAGAUCCUUUUCACAUGCUCCAAUGGCAAGCCAGAUGUUCCCCAUCUUCUAUUUGUGCGGCUGGCGAUUCUUACAUUUGUCCUUAUUGAAAUUAAUUUUGUUUGCUUGGGCCCAUUUCUCUAAUCUGUUAAGGUCAUCUUGAAUCCCAAUUCUGUCUUCUGCAGCAUUGACAACUUCUCCCAGUUUGGUGUCAUUUUCUUGUGUAAGUAGUCUAAAAAUAACUUGAUUAAAUGAAUGUGGUGAGCCACUGGUGUGCCUUUGUUUCGCCAGUCACCAAAUUGCUUCAUACGGAAAGAUGACUCUAAGCCAUUUUACUAUUAAUAGGUGGGCAUUCUAACUGAUGGAAACUUUCCUGCUUGCAAGGACUUACCUACGCCCAGCAGUGGAAAAAGCAGCCACACAAGUACAAAAGCAUAUAGACAUGCGAAGCUCUCUCCUGCUAGAGUGAAUAUGCAGAACUGCUUCCUUAGGAACUCCAUAAAUUUCCUUGCUGUGUCUGAACGCAUGGCUUACAGUAAAUCCAUUAAUUUUGUUCAGUUACCCAUUUGGACUUCUUACAUUAAUUUAUACCUUUGAAUCAGGAUGAAUGGAAUAUUCUUAAUGUCAGCUGGCAAUGGUUUAAUUAUUGAAUUAUUUAUCCCCCCCCCCAAAUUUGCAAAUAAAAAAUCAGGGGUGGAAUGAAUACAAAGUAUGGGGACAAUGCUGUGUAUUUCUGGGCUUUAAUAAAAUCAUUAAAGACCAUUACUUUACUGUUUUGCAAAUUUGAGUAGAUAAGGCACAUUUAAAGAAGAAACCCAUCUUUUUAAACUGGACAUUGUACAUAAAAUGAAGUGGUAGCUUUGUUUUGAUUUAGCAAAAGGAGUUAGGCAGUAAAAAAAAAAGGAUUCUUGAUUGAAGCUGCCUGUUGCCAUUGUGUAUGUACUGCAUACGAAUCUCAUUUAUUUAGUGGGAGUUUGUGCAACUAUCGUGCUAGAAUAGUACUGUUUUGGCUUUCACAACAUGAAUGGAGAACAUCUAGAACUUCAUCUUCUGGCAACUCACAAAGUCGAAAAGCUGUGAAAUACUCCACUGAAUGUAUAUUACAAGUUUAUUGCUAGUAUACAAAAACAAUAAAGCGAGUAAAUAUUUCACUGCUUUUGAAUUAUGUGUUAUCAGUAGUCAAGAUGUGUGAAAUGAGGAAGAGGUGCUGCUAAGGAUGUUCAGUUGUCAAACGUUUCAAAAAUAAAAUCCAAAGGCAAGGCAGACUUGCUAGCAGAGAAAGAGUGCAAUAUUGCCAUGGGCUUCAUCCCUUACCAUUGGCAUGUGGCCUAGAGAUAAACUCCCCAUCCCUGCUGUGGAAGUUAGGCACUUCGGUGCCGUCGUCACUAGCACGGAACAUAGCUAUCUAAAGGCAGAAUAAUCUUUGUAGAAUAGAAUUUGGGAACCAAAUGCCUUUAUAUAGAAAAAACUUCUCAGAACUCUAGCAUUUAAAAAAUGAGCAAGCAGGAUAUUGAAUUAUAUUCAUCUUUGUUCAACAUGUCGGAAGUCUAGGGAGACCAAGAACCCUAUUCUUUUGUGUGAAUAAAGAAGUUUGAUGGGUGUGAAGUUGGGGUGAAAUAUGGGGCCAUGAUUUUAUGCCAAUUUUCUGCAGCGUUAGCUGUGGAGGAACCAAACUGCUAACCGAUCAGGCGAGGCCAACCGUGCCGCAUGAAAGGGGGUGGGUUUUAAGUCCACCCUUCUGUCAGUUCCACCCAUAAGUGUUAAGAAAAGUCUUCCAGACCCACCCCAAAUGGAACCAUACUGAGUUUACAGGCCACAGAAGGCAAAUUGCUUUUCACCAAGGGUACUCGCCAAACCCUAAUCUGUAGAAGUCCUACACGUACCAGCCACAGAAAAGGACAAGCCUCUACUUAGUCCCUCUUCUCCCACCUGCAGCAAAUUACGUUGCACACUGCAGAUCACUUAGGAAGUUGCUGAAUUACAACUUAUCACUAAACUGAAAACUAUGGAGAGACCUGGUCAAUAGAGAUAUUGGAUUCCUGUCUCAUUACAUAUGCUAAUCAUCUGCAUACUAUCCCUUGCUUUUUCCUGUAGGACUAAUUGCAGUUGUUAAGUCAUCAACAGAUUUACCAUACCCACUGAGUCAAUCACCCAUCUCCUGCUACCCUCCUGAGAAAAAACCCACCCCACCCUCCCACUAUAUAUAAGGGUCUGGUGACGUCUGUUGCAGUGUAUCUGAAGAAGUGUGCAUGCACACAAAAGCUUGUACCCAGAACAAACUUAGUUGGUCUCUAAGGUGCUACUGGACAUUUUAAAAAAUAAAAAUAAAAAUAUUGCUUAUUUUUCUUUUUUUAUUGUUACUCAUAUUGGAGAAGUGAGCCCAUUCAGCUGCAAAGUUCCAUCUUAACAUACUGGUGAAUAGUAUCAUGCAGGAUUGCAACCAGGGCUUGCUGGGCUUCCCUUUUUAUCUUCUGACAUGCCCAAUUAAGAUAGCUGGGGGUCACCAUAAUCCUGACAAACCCACCUUGGGGGAGCUCCAGCCCACACAAUCAAGGCCCUGGGUCACCACUGUUGUAGGACCCGGAAUUCCAAAUAGGCUUGAACACUGACCUUCAGCAACUGCAAAAGUUUCCACCCAGGUAAAUGACCGAAAUAUGAGAGGGUUGAACAAUGCUGGCAAAAUGCACUUUCAUUGUAUACCAUGCCUACCCAACCCACUGCAUACAUGCACUUUCGCCAAGCCCAAACUGGAUUCCAUGAGCAUCUUGCCACACCGUGUGAUUGGCCCAGAAACACCAAACUGUGGCCACAAAUGAGCACCAGUACCCUCCAAGCACCUAUCAAAACAAAAGCAAGGAAGGGAACAAGCACACUUCUGCAAAACAGUAUUAGCCAGGGCCCUUGAGCGGCCCAUCGUAAGGAUACAAAUGCCCCCGUUUUCCAGUGACCCAUCAUCAGUUCCAAAACCCAGACUGGUAGAUGCCGAAACACAGCCAAUUUGAAAGGAAUGUGUGCCAGACUGUCAGCAGGCCUCUCACCCUGAAUGCAGCCAGCUGUAGUCAUAAAUUGGGAGCCAAAGUUCAGGCUCCUUCCUGGCCCAGUUCAAAUUGGGAUCCACAGCUGCCUGCAUCCUAAAUGACUCUUCAUAAGCCAGCCAGACAGCAUCUGCAUAUUUAUGGUAAGAUCUGAAUGUGAUUAUCCAGAUGCUUCAAAAGGAGGGGAAGCCCUCACAAUAUGCCUGAAUUUAUAUUCUCUGAAAUUAUACCGUAACUCAAAUAGUACAGCACUGCCUAUGCAUUAAAGCUCUCACAGACCUAAAAAUUAAGAUUCAAAAAGUUGAAUGCAAUAUUACUAAGUUGAUUCUACUGGGAAAGCUAAAUGUUCCUACAUUUCAUCACAAUUGCUUUAUCAUUCAAAUGGGUGGAUGUUACAGAAAAGAUGAAAAAGCUGAACAUGACUAUCUUCAUUGUGAAUCAACAGUACUUUUCAAGGUGCUGUAAAAACAUAAGCACACAUUUUAAUAAUACGAAGCAAUCCAAAUACAUGCAAGACUGAUAGUAUGAUUGGAACCAGGAAAAUGGAGUCUAACUCCAAUUGCAAAAUGUUCAAUAUUGAGUAUUAAAUACCUUGCUCAGGCUGGAUAACACAGCGACUUGGAUUCUCACGUUUCUGUUCUGUGAAUGAAAGAAUCCCUUUCAUUUACUGAGGAAAAAACUUAGAAUCCAACCCAUUUACAUUAAAUGCACAAUUCAAAGCUAUCCCUUACACCAAGAGACCUCUGACUUAGUCACAGCAAGCUUCUUUAAGCAUUUCAUGUUUCUCAGCUAUUUCAACUAACAGCUUUGCAAAACAAUUAACUGCUACGAUUUAGUAGGGGAGUAAGAAGAGGACAUGCAAACAGUCUAGCAUUAAAAGCAUUGAAAACAUUUUUAAAAAUCUGAAAUACGGAAUCAUAGCAUCUUCCAGCAUACACCUAAAUGGGCCCAAAGAAUGCUAUAGAAAGCAGUAGACAUGUCACAUCUAUGCAAAGAAGUGUGGCUGGCAUCCAUCUGUCUCGGGGUGUAAGCUACUCUCAUGUAGCAGCCACUUUGUACAGUGAAAAUAACAUUGAACAUUCUGAAAGACAUUGGACAAUUCAGAUGAAAUUUUUUGGGGGAAGAGUACAUUGAAAAAGUUUCAAAGUACACAGAGCAAGUGCAGGUAAACAUUUAAAAUUUAUUAAACUUUUUGGUCAAAAUAAUUGAACAAUUAUGUACAAUCCCAUUGUAUUUACCUCAUGUAUUUUAAGGAACAAAGUCAAUCUAAUGGUUAAAUGACCUAACCGUUCCACAUUUCAAGAUUUGCAAAUAGUGUCACAACUGAUAUACAGUAUACGAUUUUUAAUCUUUAUCUUUAGAAACCCCAAAUUAGUAUUUAUUAUUGUAUCGCGAACAAGAGUGGCACUCUAUGGACGUUAAUUGAUAGGGUAGGAACAGAGACAUGCUGCUCUUGCAUAUUCAUAUCGGACUCUAGCAAUCAUAUUAAACCUUCAUUUCUUUAAAAUUCGAGUGUAAACCACACACAAGUAUUUCACCCUGGAAGCUUAAAGGGCCUGAAUUUUAAGGAGGAUUUCAUAGGCACAUUUAGUAGGAAGUCUGGAGCAAGUGAUAGUACUUGCGCUAGUAUUUAAGAUACUUGAUGCUAUUAAAAGUGUGCCCACUCUUUUUGUGUGUACAAGUUUUCUCCCACAGAAGCUUACAGUGAAAUACUGGGAGUUAAUCACGUAUCUUCUAGGAGCGAGAGAGACCCCAUAACUUUUCUGCAGCCCCCUAUUGCUAGUGGAAACUCAGUAUUCUACAAAUAUAUUUUCACAUCAGUAUUCAGCCUCAAUACAGCUUGAUCUCCUGGUGUUACAGACCUGGAGUAAGAGUUAAAACAUGUUUAAGUUGUGCUCCUGUUUGGCAUAAUCAAGUUUAAAAACAUACACAUAUGAAUUGCAAUGGAAAGUUUUAUAUGCCUAUGCUUAUGCCCAGUUGUAAUAUUUUUCAAAAGUGUACUCUAUGGAACAAAAAGGACUAAAGGUUAAAAAAAGAAGUAGUAGUAAUGCACAUUAAGGUAUGCUUCUCAAAUGUUGAGGCAUGUUUACUGUUAAACCAGAGCAGUGAUUUGUUGAAGGUUUUGAUGUAAAAGACCAUCUUGCUCCUUUAAGGCUGUAUAUAACUUUAAACAAGUACUUUACACUUUGUCUUUUCUGCGCACCUUAUGAUGCCCCCCCCUUUCUUACACAAAAAACUAAUACAAGCUAAGGUGAUGACAACUGGAGAAAAAAAUUCAGUUUAGUGUUUGAAGCAGUAGAUACUGCUUUAAACUGCUUAUACUGUCAAAAAAUGGAUAGUAUUCAAUUAAGUUCUACUCAGAGUAGAGCCAUUGAGAUUAAUGAGCCUGUUUGUCUCGUGUCUUAAUUUCAAUGGGCCUGUUCAGAGCAGGACUAGCAUUGGAUACAACCUAAUAUUUUUGGGACAAACUAUUUUCAAAUCUUUCCGUCAGAGUUAUUUUGCACAAUCUCAAUACAUGCAAUAAAAAAGACUGAAUACAUACUUUCAGAUUUAAAAACACUUUUUAUAGUUUGUUAUUUUUAUUAAGUGGUUUACACCGGAAGGUGUGGUUAUAGAUACAGUUGGUGAGUAAAUAUACAUGAAAAACCUGUCUACACACCCAACUCUAGACUUACCUAUAUGCUCAAAGGUAGAAACACCUAAAGCUUAGAUGAAGGCCAGAGAAAGAAUGUUUACAGGCAUAAAGCACAAAUAUAUGUUUUGAAAGGCCCAAAUAUUACAGCAGAUAAAGAGCACGUGAGAUAGAAAUUACAUUUUUAUGACAAUUUGUUUCUUGGGUGUUAGAUUUUUGGUCUAUCAACUGGAAAGGAAGGCUCAGACUUAAAUAAAUACAUUUGUUUUG